AUGAUAAAUGCGAGCCUUGCAUCAAAGAACAUUUUGUGGGAUUUGUGCCAAUCAAGAACAACAGGUGCUGGUAUGACAGACACCAUUCUUCAUCAGUUACAGGAUAUGCCAUUACUGGUCGAAAACAUGCGUAGUCAAGGCUAUGAUAACGGAAGCAACAUGAAAGGAAAAGAAAAUGGUGUACAAAGGAGAAUAUUGGACAUUAAUCCACGAGCACUGUUCGUUCCCUGCAGUGCACAUUCUUUAAAUUUGGUUGUUAAUGACGCUGGUAAAUGUUGCCUGGAGGCAACAGCAUUUUUUAACCUGGUACAACAUGUUUAUGUGUACUUUUCAGCUUCGACACGCCGUUGGGAGGUUUUAAAACGUCAUGUACCAAGUAUGACAGUGAAACCAUUAAGCGACACAAGAUGGGAAAGUCAUAUUAAUGCUUUGAAAUCUCUUCGCUACCAGCUUGGCAAUAUAGUGGAUGCCUUAAUUGAAAUCUCUGAUGAUAUUUCCCUAACAGGAUCUUCUGGUAAUUCUUCACGGGUUGAGGCACGCAGUCUCGCAAAUAACAUUUCCAAAUUCAAGUUUAUCGUUUCCCUCGUUGUUUGGUAUGAUAUUCUGUUUGAGAUUAAUAUAACUCGCAAAAAACUUCAAGGGAAGGAUUAUGAUAUACAUGAUGCAGUUGAACAGCUGAAAGAAACAAAAAAAUAUCUUGUAAACUGCAGAAAUGAUGAAGAAUUUGAAAAAAUAUUAAUAACUGCACAAGAACUUGCUGAGGAGUUGGGCAUAUCAGCAGAAUUAGAACCAGAGCCAGUCCAUAUUAGGAGAAGGAGAAAGCAGUUCACAUACGAGGCAGACGAUGAACUAAUUCAGAAUCCCAAGCAAAAGUUCAAAGUGAACUUUUAUUUUGCAGUCUUAGAUGUAGCAAUUCAAUCAGUUGAACAAAGAUUCACACAAAUGCAUGUAGUUAGUUCAAUGUUUGGUUUCCUGUAUGACAUUCACAAUUUGCAGACAAUAACAUCGAAGGAAGUAAUGGAACAUUGCUUAAAACUAGAAAAAGCUUUACAACAUGGUGACGACAAAGACAUUGAUGCUGCAGAUUUGUGUAGCGAGUUACAGUUCAUUGCAAGACGUGUCGAGAAGAGGGCAUCACCACAAGAUAUUUUGAAAUUUAUAUGUAAGAAAAAGCUGGCAGAUAGUGUUCCAAAUGUAUUUAUUGCUUUGCGUAUUCUCUUGACACUCCCUGUGUCUGUGGCCAGUGGUGAGCGAAAUUUCUCUAAACUAAAAUUGAUUAAGAAUUAUUUACGCUCAACCAUGACACAAGAUUGGAUUGUUGGGCUUUCCACUCUCUCAAUUGAGCAUGAAAUUGCUGAGAAGCUGGACUUAAAGCAUCUUGUUUCCACAUUUGCCAAAGCUAAAGCACGAAAGUCAAAUUUUAAUGGCACUUUGGUGACUUUGACUUCGUGA